GUCGCCUUUGUCACUCUCUCCUUCUCCCACCGUUCGUUGACCGAAACAAGCAAAACGUUCGCUUAUAAGUGUUUACUCAGGCUGAUCAGUUAGUGUGGUUCAUGCGCCAAGCGAAGAAGAAGAGAAAUCGGAGCGACAAUUUUUGCAGUUCUUUUUCUCCAAAGUCAAGCCGCGAUAAUGACAACAGUAUCAAUCCAACUACCGCAAAUGGAAGUAUUUCAUCGAAUACUCGAGUUACCUGUAAUUGAGUUAGCUUACAAUAAGUCUACCUCGACGUAUACCCGUUUCAAGGACUCCAAUCAGUUGGUCCAUUGGGCUCUUAGCACUGCUGAAUCUUCUCUUAGCUCGGCUUCGAGCAAAGCUGCACCUUACGCCAAGAAGCUCGAGACUCCCAUCCACUUUGUCGAUAAUACUCUCUGUCGUGGAUUGGAAAAGUUUGAGGAGAAGAUACCCAUUGUCAAGGAGAAGCCUGAAAUGAUCUUGGAAAAGUCGUAUAUCUUCACUAUGGAAAAGUUAGAAACAGCUUUGACGACGAUUUCUCUCGCACAUGAUUUUCUGAUUACUCGUGCUACUAACAUUAAGGACAUCAGCUGGAACAAAAUAAAUCAAAUUCUCAGUACGCAUUAUGGUACUGCUGCAGUAACCAGUCUUGACAACACUGUCUGCCUUGUCGAGAUGCUGAUCGAUAAGUACUUCCCAGCCAUCGGCGAGGAGAAUUUUCCAGAAUUAGUGCCAAUGGAAAGGGAUAAACUCCUAUUUACCCUACAAACAGUUGGUCGUUUGUCAAACAAAGCGACUAAACGUAUUUUCACCAACGUUGUUCAUCACCUACGUAUCCUGCAAAAAGAUCACCUUAGUCAGUAUUUGAAUAACUUGGUGGAGUUUCUUCAGAUGGCGAAUUUCAUCAACGCCAACUAUAAUUGUAAGCCAUCCAGUGAGAUGUCGAGUUCCGUAUCAAGUACAACGGUCCACCACCACAAACAAUAAUCGACAAAAUCAAAUUUUUCAUCAUCAUACUGUACUUCAUUAUCAUCAACGUCGUCGUCGUCCUCAUCAUCAUCCUACGCAGUCACGAAGACCAGUUUCUUCGGUUUAUUAUUUUCUCAUCGUGUACGUCCUCGACAUUGCAUUUGUACUUUUUGUGGUCGUGCAUUUUGUGUUGCUCUUGUUGGCUGGUGAGCAAAGACGUACUAGCACUUAUUUCAAGUCCAGACACGAACCACGAUUCGCUGGUGAUUUCGCUCUCGUUGAAACG